AUGUCGAAUAAUUCUACGUCCAACGGAUUUUACGAAUCAGAGGAAUGUCCUUAUUUGGAGGAAGUGGCAUGGCGAGAUGAGUUCCUGCUGACAGAAGGUACCUACAACCAUCUGGUUGCUAUAAUCAGCAUUAAUUCCAUCUCAGUUUUACCAACUGUGUUGUUGAAUGCUCUGGUGAUCUUUGCUGUCGCAACAAGAGGACAGUUGCGAAAUAAAGCGACAAUCCUUCUGGCGUGCCUGGCCGGGGCGGAUCUUUUGACAGGACUGCUGGGACAGCCGAUACGAAUAGCGGUAGAAGUGGAGCGACUACGGAAAACUGGCACAUUUUGUGGAGCUUUGGAAAGAGUAAGCAUUUUAUCCUUAGGAUGGCAUAUCUUCGCGACCUUGUCUCAUCUUCUACUAAUAACUGUUGAUAGGUACAUUGCUAUUAAAAAACCGUUAAGGUAUCGAGAGAUUGUCACAACACGACGGGUAACAGUCGCUGUGCUUUUAGCGUGGGCUUCAACGAUAGUUGUGGCAAUUCAAGAUAGCAUCCUUGCUGCAAUAAACAGUGACACAAACAUUUACAGUGUUUAUUGGAACGUAUCGGUCGUAACGCUCAACAUUUUAGGUUUGAUUUCUAUAAUUGUCAUCGUAGCAAUUUACUUCUACAUUUUCUUGGAAGUCCGGUGCCAACAAAGAUCUCAGACUGAGCAUUUAAGCGUAGAAGAAAUUGCAACAAUCAGAAGAAACAACCGAGCGGCCAAAACCCUUGGAAUCAUCCUUAUUACAUUAAUUGUAACAUACCUGCCAAUGAUAGUAUCCAGUAUAAUGUAUUAUUCUGUGAAUCUACAACGGCCUGUUUUAAACUGCCUGGCGAGCUGGGUGGCAACGUUAAUAAUGUUGAGUUCCCUGUGCAAUCCAGUUAUUUACUGUUGGCGCAUGAAGAAAUUUCGCCAAGCUUUUUUGGAAAUUCUCCAUUUAAGAAAUCGAGAAAACAAUCAGCCACAAAGAGCGAUAGAGAUGCAAAUAAUUCAACCAGCACAUUAA